AAGCUGGCACAUCCGGGCUCGCUCGAGCUUCCGCGGCCUCGCUGAGUCGACGACUCGGCGGUUGUCCUCGUCGCUUCAUCGGGAGUCGUUCAAAGUCGCCGUUUGUGGCCGGGCCCGAUCAUUCGGCGCGCAAUUCGCGGCCACAUGGACGACGUGGAGAUUACGGACGUGGACGAGAACGGCGACGCGCUGCCGGAGGUGGACGCGGAAGAGCCGAAGCGGCCGCCGCGGGAGCUGCCGGCCGUCGGCCUCCUGGCCGGGGAGCUGGUGUGGACGCACGGCCGCUACCUGCUGCCGGCGCUGGCGGCCCUCCUGGCGCUGCUCGUCUACUUGGCCAACAGGAGGACCAGGCCCCAUCCCGCCUCCGCGCCGCAAGAUGCCGAGGCGGUGGUGAGGAGGCAGGAGGCCAUGGAGGCGUCUCGGAGGAGGAUGCAGCGGGAGCAGGACGCCAAGGCGGCCGUCUUCAGGGAGAAACGCAAGCAGCAAGAGGAGGAGAAGAGGAGGCAGAAGAUUGAGGAGUGGGACAGCAUGCAGCUGGGGAAGAGUUUCAAAGGAGCUUCCGGACCAUUGCGGAACCGCGACGAAGGCGCCCCGUCCGGCUCCGCGGCCAAACCCAAGAGCGACAAGAAGCCGCUACGCAGCUCCGAGUACAGUCCUCUGAGCGGCGAGGGCGGCGGCUCGUGCUCGUGGCGCCCCGCCAGGCGGGGUCCGUCUUCGGGCGGAUGAGGUUAGAUGGAGGUCGUGCGAGACCACCGUCGCGCGCCCGCACUGGCUGACGCCAGCUUGCAGCUGCCUGGACUGCACGCUGCGGUGAACCCACAUUAUUCAUCGUCAUCAUCAUCAAUUUGGGGGGGGGGUGGAUACAGUGCAGGCAAUGUGUCAUCUCUUUACUCACACACCCACAAAAAGUCAAUCACAGGCACAUUGCUAUCCAAAGAAUACUUGCAGCAAAUCG